UCUUUUUCUUGUAAAAGGUGAAGAAGAAACAGCGAAGGACGAUGCUAAAAAAAAAGGUGGCACGAGAAAGCUAUAAGGCAAGCAAGCUUAAGCUUUUAUGAGAAAAACAAAUGAAUGUUGUUAUCAAAGUCAUUGAACAUUCAAUUCUCGGCCGCCACCAACGGCUACGUCCAACGUGCCCUUCAGAGCCUCCAUGGAAUCGACGGGCUCGAUUGCGGAGCUUACGGGCACUUCAUCCAGCACUGCACGGUGCACCGCCUGGUCCGUCAGGCCAAGCAGCUCCACGCCCGCCUCGUCCUCUACUCCGUCACGCCCGGCAACUUCCUGGCCUCAAAGCUCAUCAAUUUCUACUCCAAAACCAAUAAUAUCAACUAUGCCCGCAAGGUGUUCGACCAAAUUCCCCACCCAAAUGCUUUCUCCUGGAACGCCAUGCUCAUUGGGUAUUCCAUUAACAAUAUGCACGCCGACAACUUGAAGUGGUUUUCUGCUAUGGUGUCUUCGUGUUCGGAUCAAGCGAAGCCCGACAAUUUUACUGUGACUUGUGUGCUGAAGGCUCUUGGGGUUUUGCUUUCAGGUUCAAAAUUGGCUAAGGAAGUACAUUGUUUUGUUCUGCGUAGUGGGUUUGAUUCGGAUGUUUUUGUUGUUAAUUCUUUGAUUACUUACUACUCGAGAUGUGAUGAGGUAGGUUUGGCGAGAGCUUUGUUUGACAGGAUGCCGGAAAGAGAUAUUGUGUCGUGGAAUUCGAUGAUUGCAGGGUAUUCUCAAGCCGGAUACUAUGAUGAGUGCAAAGAGUUGUAUAGGAUGAUGUUAGGCUUGGAGAAGUUUAAGCCUGUUGGGUUGACAGUGGUGAGUGUGUUGCAGGCAUGUUUACAGUCAAAUGAUCUUAUGCUCGGUAUGGAGGUUCAUCAGUUUGUCAUUGAGAAUCAAAUCGAGAUGGAUGUUUUGGUUUGCAAUGCUCUUAUAGGGCUAUAUGCAAGAUGUGGUAGCUUGGAUUAUGCUCAAGAAUUAUUUGAUGAGAUGAGUGAAAAGGAUGAGGUCACUUAUGGCUCAUUAGUUUCGGGGUACAUGUUUCACAGGUUUGUUGACAAAGCCAUGGAUGUUUUUCGAGAUAGUAAGAAGCCAAAGUUAAGUACUUGGAAUGCUGUGAUUUCAGGUUUGGUUCAGAACAACCAGCACGAAGAGGCAUUGAAUUUAAUUCGAGAAAUGCAGGCAUGUGGUUGCAAACCAAAUACCGUGACAUUGUCAAGUAUUCUUCCCACAAUAUCGUAUUUCUCAAAUCUGAAAGUUGGGAAGGAAGUACAUGCUUAUGCUGUUAGAAACAAUUUUGACUGGAAUAUUUAUGUUGCAACUGCCAUUAUCGAUACUUAUGCAAAGUCAGGUUUUCUUUACGGGGCACAGAGGGUUUUUGAUCAAGCAAAAGGUAAGAGCUUAAUCAUUUGGACAUCAAUAAUCUCAGCUUAUGCAUCCCACGGAGAUGGUGAUACGUCUCUUGGCCUCUUUUAUGAGAUGCUGAAUAGUGGGAUUCAACCAGAUCAAGUGACAAUUACAGCAGUAUUAACAGCUUGUGCUCAUUCUGGAGUGGUUGAUGAGGCUUGGAAAAUCUUUGAUGCCAUGUUUCCGGAAUAUGGCAUUCAGCCCUCAGUUGAGCAUUAUGCCUGCAUGGUAGGCAUUCUUAGCCGAGCUGGGAAACUCACCGAAGCUGCAGAUUUUAUCCACAAAAUGCCAGUUGAACCAAGUGCUAAAGUUUGGGGUGCACUACUAAAUGGGGCUUCAGUUUCUCGUGAUGUUGAAUUGGGAAAAUUUGUCUGCGAUCGCUUGUUUCAAAUCGAACCCGAGAAUACAGGGAAUUACAUCAUUAUGGCGAAUUUAUAUUCACAGGCUGGGAGAUGGGAAGAAGCUGAUAAGGUCAGGGAGAGAAUGAAAGAAGUUGGGCUGAGGAAGAUUCCUGGCAGUAGCUGGAUUGAAACAAGUAAGGGGUUACAAAGCUUUAUAGUGAAGGACACAUCAAACGAAAGAACCGAAGAGAUCUACGAAACACUGGAAGGAUUGCUGGGGAUGAUGAAAGAAAAAGGGUAUGCCUUGCAGGAUGAAUUAGAUGAGGAGAGUGUUAAUGUUUGAGCCAAGAUCAUCACUCCGGCUCAUAUCAGCUAGCUUAGGAUCCAAGAAAUGCCCUGUUUUUCCAUAGUGGCAUAGAAUUCGUGUUUUUAAGUGCUCAGAAUCAGGAAAGAACUUCAUUCAUCAGAAGAGUUGGUGGAAUUAUUUUACCUUGCAAUUUGAUUUGUAGAUUGGGGAUCUCUCUUAUAUUAUAGAACUUACAUUGAACGGGUACACUGCCACCGUAGCAAUCCAUGCCAAUAAUACAAUUAUACAACUACAAGUGUAAGUUUUUUCGCUUAGCAUUGUAUCAUUGACAUGGAAUACUAUAAUAUCAAUGUACGUGUGUUAUAUAAGUUGUUAUCGU